CAACCGCACAUUCUCCGAAGAGAACCACGACAACUCGGGGUUUUUCGAACCCCCAAGCUACGAGCCAGACUCGAUGGUGGCGGAGGAGGCCGCUUUGUCUCCUCUGAAUAAGUCGCCAUGGUCUUCUCAUAUGAACAACAAUAUCAACAACGACAAUAAUAAUAAUGCUUCAGAUACGGCUGACGAAAACUUCUCCCCCAACGUCCUCAUAGGCACGUUGGUGCCCGAGGAAGGUCACAUAUACUCACUGGCCACCUCUGGAGACUUGUUGUACACAGGUUCGGAUAGUAAGAACAUUCGGAUUUGGAAGCAGCACAAAGAGUAUUCGGGGUUCAAAUCGAACAGUGGAUUGGUUAAAACGAUAAUCAUAGCAAGGGAGAAGAUCUUCACCGGUCAUCAAGACGGGAAAAUUAGGGUUUGGAAGGUGUCCUACAAGAAUGCAAACCACAAGCGCAUAGGAACUUUACCGAUGUCGAAGAAUUACAUAAAGUGUUCCAUGAAGCCGAGUAAUUACGUUGAAGUGGGAGGCAAGAGCAAAGUCCUAUGGAUCAAACAUUUUGACUUCAUCUCAUGCUUGAGCUUGAGCGAAGAUCAAACGUUGCUUUACUCUGCGUCGUGGGAUAAAACGUUUAAGGUAUGGAGGGUUUCUGAUUUCAAGUGCUUGGAGUCAAUCAACGCUCAUGACAACGCCGUGAAUGCAUUGGUUGUUGGAUUUGAUGGGUUGGUUUUCACCGCUUCCGCAGAUGGAAUGGUUAAGAUUUGGCGGAAAGAGCUACAAGGAAAAGGUACUAAACACUUCUUCUCACAAACGCUCUUAAAGCAGAAAUACGCAAUCACAUCCAUAGCUGUGAACACAGACGCCUCGAUCAUAUAUUGUGGCUCGUCCGACGGGCUAGUCAACUUUUGGGAACGGGAGAAGAACCUCCAACACGGUGGUGUUUUGAGAGGCCACAAACUUGCGGUUCUGUGCUUGGCCACGGCCGGGUGCUUAGUAUUCAGUGGCUCCGCCGACAUGGGGAUUUGCGUGUGGAGAUUAGGCCCCGACGGGGACCACAUUUGCCUGUCAGUACUGUCAGGGCAUACGGGGCCAGUGAAGUGCUUGGCUGUGGAGAGAAAUCACGAUCAGUUGACAUCCGAUGAGAAGAGGUGGAUCGUGUAUAGUGGGAGCUUGGAUAAGUCGGUGAAGAUGUGGAGGGAUUCGGAACAAGCGCUGCCUAUGGUGCCGAACCAGAAGCACAAGCACUACACGUCCGAUGGGUAUUGUGUGCCGAUGUUGAGCUCGGCGCCUAGCUUUGCUUCUCGUGGAGGGGAAAUGGGUUCAAGAAGAUUUUAGGGUUUGAUUGAUAUAAUAUCUGAUUUUGUUGUGUGAUUAAUAGAUGGGAUUUUAUGCAUGCAUGC